AGCAGUGUCUACUUCCUACGGCCCCAAUACCCCACACCCCUUUUUGUUCUCCCUUACCAAAAGCACUCUUCCUUUUUUUUUUUUUCAUUUUUUCUUUUUUUCUUUUUUUUUUCUUUUUACCUUCCAAGCACAGUCUCCUGCUUCUUCUCGCCGACCAUCUGAAGAUUCUUUUGCAUUUUUCCCCCUCUAGAACGGUUUUCCUGUUGAGAUUCUGGGAUAAUUCAAAUUCAUUCUUCUCGCCUAUAUGAUAUUCUAUCAUGUAUACUCGAAAUGUUUCUUGAAAUGUUGGCACUACCCUUCAAUGUGAAGGAUAAAAUAGAACCAGAAUUUUUUUCUUAUCCAAGUAAAAGCAUGGAGGCCUCAGUUGAGGCUGUGGAGAGAAUUAUUAACUACAAAUUUAGGAACAAAAAGCUCUUAGAGGAGGCCUUGACUCAUUCAUCUUACACUGAUUCCGCAUCGUAUCAACGACUUGAGUUCAUUGGUGAUGCUGCAUUGGGCUGUGCUCUAAGCAAUUAUGUGUUCCUUGCAUACCCAUCACUUGAUCCCGGUCAACUCUCUCUGAUCCGGGCUGCCAAUAUCAGCACUGAGAAACUUGCUCGUGUGGCUGUUCGAGUUGGGCUUUAUCAGUAUGUCCGGCACAAUGCUGCUGCUCUUGAUGAUAAGGUUAGAGAAUUUGCACUUGCAGUCCAAGAGGAGGGUGAUUCUGUUUUGUAUGGUGGAUCAGUAAAAGCCCCUAAAUUUCUCGCAGACAUUGUUGAAUCUGUGGCAGCAGCAAUUUAUGUAGAUUGUAAUUUUGAUCUGCAAGUUCUUUGGGUGAUCUUUAGGGGUCUCUUGGAGCCUAUUGUAACACAUGAAGCCUUGCAGCAACAACCCCAACCAGUGACAUUGCUCUAUGAACUGUGCCAGAAGGAUGGAAAGCAUGUCGAUAUCAAGCAUUGGAGGAAAGGGUCGAAGAAUAUUGCUAGUGUUUAUGUAGGUGGCAAGUUUAUUGCCUCAGGUUCUUCUGACGAGAAGGAAAUUGCAAAAUUGAAUGCUGCAAAGGAAGCCUUGCAGAAGCUGUCAUCUAAAUUAAAGGACACUGAGAUGACCCAGAAUAAUCUCGAGAUCAAUGGAUCAUGUGAGAUUGAUGGAGCAAAACAGAAGUUACAUGAGUUUUGUAGCAAGAAGAAGUGGCCCAAACCAAGUUACCGAAUUGAAAAAGAAGUGGGCCCUGCUCAUGAAAAGGGAUUUUUGUGCUCUGUCCAUAUCGAAACUGUAGAUGGUGUGCUUGUGAUGCAGGGAGACACAAAACCAAGAGUAAAGGAUGCUGAAAACUCUGCUGCUUCCUUCAUGAUUUGCACCCUAUAUGAGUCUAGAUAUCCGUGAUGCCACUUCCUCUCAAACUGGCUCCUUCAUCCAUCCAAACCUACUUGUGUAUGAAAUGGAGGAAAAGCUCCUACCUACAGACAAAAAGCUCAACAGUCCUGUGAAUAAUAGAACCGGAAAAAAAUACAGUGAGUAGCUGCCUUUCAUGUACUUUACCACAUAGGAUCGUGUGCCAAAAUAAUUUUACUUCACUUUUAUUAGUUUUUGAGAUGAGCAUAACCUUUUGGAUGUUAACAACGUGAUGUUCAGUAGUGGCAACUGCCAUAUUGUGCUUAAAUUUUCCAUAGCUGGUUGUGUGCUGUCUCAAAUUUCUCAAUCUGUAGAAAGCUACAAUUUCCUAUCAAAUGUAUGUACAUUCUAAGGUUGUGUUCGUUGCA